CUUGUGAGACAAGCAAGGGAUAGGGCAUGACUUUUAAAUGGAUCUUACAAAACAUUGACAUUUGUGUUCGUUAGUUUUAUUUAUCUCGAUUUAAAUAUUAAUUGCGCCACCACCUCAAAAAUCAUGAUGAAGGCACUUUCCAGAUUUCUUCUCGGAAAUGAUUCUAUUUUAGUAACCAAGUACGUCCAGAGAUUUCUGUCAUCCGUAACCGAUGGAGAAGUCAGAAUCACACGCAUCUUAAAAGAAAGGUUCCCACAAGCAACGUCUGUUAAAGUCGUGGAUAUUUCUGGUGGCUGCGGAGCCAUGUAUGAAGUCCACAUAGAAUCAGAGGAAUUCAAAGGAAAACGAACAGUGCAGCAACACCAACUAGUCAACCAGGCACUUAAAGAGGAGAUACAGGGGAUGCACGGAUUAAGAAUAUUCACAGAUAUUCCCAAAAAGUAGAAAAAGGAGCUAUUUGAGAGAGAGAGAGUGAGAGAAGGAACUCUUGUUUUGACCAAUGGAGCUCUGACUGGAUUAAGUAAAAAGCGAAACCCAAAGUACCUCUUUUGAGUAGAAAAUGUGUUCAUAUUAGAACUGGGCUUGGAUCUCCAAAGUUGUUGGAUCAGUGACAAAUGAAGCACUUCAGUGAUGUUGUACGUCGCUCUGGAUAAGAGCGUCUACCAAAUGCCAAUAAUGUAAUGAAAUCAGCAACCGACAGGUGCCCUAUCAGGACAUUGUACAUAAUGCAUGUAUUAUAACAAGUAAGACAUGAAAUGAAACUGAAUGUGCAAUCAAAAUGUAGCAUUUCAUCAUUGAUGUGUAACAUCACAACUUGACAGACAUUUCCACAAAUGUGACCAAUAACAUCUAUGUUUGUACUGUUCUUCCAUAUUCAAAGUUGUUAAACUAAAACUGGGUUAAACAUGUUAUUGUUUUACUAACCAUAUGUUUUUUUGUUUGUUUAGUUUUUUAUGAAACCAGGUGUUAUUUUCUGUUCUGUUUAACCAAAAAAGACAUGUUCUUUUUUCCAACUCAGACUGUUCACCUAUAAAUGCCUUCUUACAGAUUCUGUCAACAGUGCCAAAAUACAACCAAGAAUGUCACACUGUUACUUCUAAAUUUCAAUAAAAUUACUGUUAAACUAUGCACCGCAUAGUUUAGGCUUGAAA